AUGGCUUCAUUCUCCGUCUUCCCAUUCCACGUGGGAGAGACAUCAAACGAACGAGUCAAACUCGUCCCCUUCAACCCAGAGCAACACUGUGAAACCUUCUUCCGCAUAUCAUCGUCCCAUCCAGAGAUAUACACACACUUGCCCCUACUACCCCCGACCUCAGCAACCGAACUCAAGUCCCUCUUCUACAGUAAUUCCACAACCCACAUUCUAUCCUUCUCCAACCCAGAGUCCUUCGCCUUUGCAAUCAUAGACAAAACACGGCCGCCGUCCUCAGAAGAUCCCGAAGGUGAACUAGCCGGCACAGUGAGCUUUAUCCGCACCUCGCCAACGAACCUGUGUACGGAGAUUGGAUUCAUCGUCAUCCUGCCUCCGUACCAGCGGACCCAUGUGGCGACUAAUGCCGUUGGACUCGCUCUACGUCUUGCCUUUAAGUCCGCGGAGAAUGGAGGUCUUGGGUUACGCAGAGUGCAUUGGUCGGCUAGUACGAUGAACCUUGCUAGUUCUCGGCUUGCGCAGAGGAUGGGGUUUGAGAAGGUUGGGGUUAUUCCUUGGCAUAUGCGGUUUGUGAAAGGGAAGAUUAAUGGGAAAGUUGGGAAUGGUAGGGCGUUGCCGCCUGGAAGUGAUCCUGAGGAUUUGUGGAGAGACACGUUAAGUCUUACGCUGGGGUGGGAUCGAUGGGAGAAUGGCGCGAGAGAAAUGGCGGCGAAGGCUAUGGAGAGAUGA